AUCAACUCAGUUCGGCUCCGAUAAGAGGUGUCUAAUAAGAAGUGUCUACUUAAGUACCAUAAAACACGCCCGCUAUUAAGUGCCGUAUUAUCUCUACAAGACCGGGCAAAGGACAGUCCCCUAAUAAGGCUUAGCAAUCCCCGAAGAAUGAGAGACAAAAUCCGGAGAAGUGGGUCGAGAGCGAUCUACCGUCACACUAGGACAAUUUGCCAUGGCAAAAGAGGUGUAGUUUAAGACGUAUGUGCUGGUAAUGUGUCUCGGCGAUAAUCCGCUGAUGUAGGAUUCUUUCGGCAUGAACGAGCAUCGAGAAAUCUGCAGCCUAGAUCUAAAUAUGGAGACCCCCCGAAUACUCGUUCGCAGAACGUGUCCGUCUUCUAAGUUAAAGGUCUUGGUAAAUUCGUAUCACGAUUGUAGAACAUAUUCACCAUGACCGUAGAUGGUAUUCAAAAGGACCCCAUCAAGGCUAUUGUUAUCGGUGCCGGCCUUGGCGGAUGUGCUUGCGCGCUCGCCCUCAAGCAUCACGGACACUCAGUUGUCGUGUAUGAACGGCUGAAAGGUUUCCGGCGUCUCGGUGACUCGCUCGGGCUAGGUGAAAAUGCGCUCAAGCUGCUUGAGCGAUGGGGUGGCUCGGAUCUGUAUCGCAAGCUCACAAGUAUCGGCAACCAGGCGCCGGACAUGCAGAUCCGGAGGUGGCACGACGGCAAGAUCCUCGCGCAGCAGCCGCUCAUGGAUAUGGCGGGAUACAUCGGACACCGAGGUGACUACCACGAAGCGUUCAUUCAAGCAGUAAAGGAUGCGGGGAUCGAGAUUAAGAUGGGGCGGGAGGUCGUCGCGUAUGAUGAGACGAAGCCAAGCGUGAUUUUCGCGGAUGGCACGGAGGAAGUAGCGGAUAUUGUGGUGGGCGCGGAUGGGAUUAAGAGCCAUGCGCGGGAGUUGGUGCUCGGGUUCGAGGAUGCGCCGAAGAGUAGCGGAUACUCGUGCUACAGAGCGUAUUUCCCCGGCAAGCAUUUACGGGAGGAUCCGCUGUGUCGCGAGUUCGUGGAUCAUGAUUGUGUUAAUAUCUGGAUUGGAAAAGACACGCAUUUAGUCCAGAACACGCUCCGAAAUGGCGACGAGUUCAAUUGGAUCGUGACUCGCAAGCUUUCACACGAGGCGGAUAUGGUGAUCAAAGAGUCGUGGUUUCAGGAGGGCGACAUGAAUGAAGUCAAAAAGUCGCUGCAGGACCUGGAUCCCCGCAUACGCGCCGCCGUAGACAAGACGGAAGCUUGUCUGGACUGGAAAAUCUGUUACAGAGACCCACUACCCACGUGGGUGUCUAAUAGCCAUAAGAUCGCGUUGCUGGGAGAUAGUUGUCACCCCCACUUGCCGACGAGCGCGCAGGGCGCGAGUCAGGCGACGGAGAGCGCGGGCGUGUUGGCUGUUUGCCUGAAGUUAGCUGGGAAAGAGAAUGUUCCUUUGGCAACAAGAUGUUAUGAGAAAUUGAGAUUCGCAAGGACUAGGGCCAGUCAGACGAACGGAGAGGAUCUAAGAGAUCGAUGGCACAACGCGCUCAAGGAUGUAGAUGAGGGUGUAGAGAUCGACCCCGAGUCGGUUAAGAUGCGGAACAGGUGGUUGUAUGCGUUCGAUGCUGAGGCGGAUACGCUCGAACGCUGGGAUGAGGUGUCUGCGUUGGUUAGGAAUGAAUUGAAGACUGGGAAGAUCACGCCAUUGUGUUAAUUUGGUGAUGAAUUUGAGGUGAGUUAGAAAUUCGGAGUUUGUUGGGUUCUUUUAUAUCAGCUAGUAUGCCAUAAAGAUCCUGAACUGGAACAUAAGGAAUCAUGAGAUAUAUAGGUAGGUAAUAGAAGUUCACCACAAAACCGACCAAGACCACGUUAUCAUGAUUAGAUCAAUUUUAUGUCAUCAAUUUUACGUCAUCAAUGCUAUGUCAUCAGACUUAUGUCAUCAAGACUACAUUACCUAAUCAC